AUGGACCUGACCCCUGGCAUUGACCUCACCACCAUUAUGUUUUCCUGGCUGCUGCUUCCUGAAGAAGAAUCCACCCACAUGGGGGUAGCCCAGGUGCAGCAACUCCCAGGGAUAGCAGAGCCUUGCCCGGAGCUGGGGAUGGGCUGUCAGGGAAGACAUUGCAACGCUGAAAAAGAGUCAUACUGGUGCUACAAGGUUCAAGCCGAGUCCUCCAACUACACCUGCUUGGCUCCUGCCUUCCUGUUACCGUCUACUAUGUUCCUCAUUCACCUUCCACUCGGCACCAACAGGCUGCACUGCCUCCAAAACGCAUCACUUGAAUCCUGCCUCUGCUCCUUUGUCCAUCUGAAUCACCCUCUCCACAUUUCUGACCCUGUAAUCCUGAUCUCACUUCAUGAGGCCGUUCGCUUCCCUUUUGCAUUUAGCUUUCCCCGGGGUACACUGUCAAUAGCCUACUGUCUGAUGUCAUCAGUCAGCACUUCAUCAGAGGCAAUUAUGUCUACAGAGCUUUUGGCUCAUUACUGUCACUCCUCCUUACAUGUGUGCAUAUGCAUAUCAUCUUUCCCUAAUGAGACUGGAAAUAAUGAUUCAUUCCCUGGAGCAGUGGUUUCCAUAAAUGACCAACUCACAGACCAGUGCAAACUGGCUGCGGAAGAGCUUACUCUGAGAAACUUAUUAGAAUGCAGAUUCUCGGACUGCGUGGGAGAGGAGGAUCUCAUAAAUCUGGGUGUAAUAGGCACAGAACAUUAGGUGUAAUAUGGGCGGGAC